UGAUAACCUUAUGGUGAGGGUAGUGCCUUACGAACUACUGUCAACAACUGAUUGUAGUCUGGUGGUGAACUUCACUGUUCACCACUGUUGAUGUACAUAAGAGAUGGACGGACUGAGAUGGAUGGAUUGAAUCCCCUGUAUGGGGUUUUGCUGGAUUGUAUCAUUAGCCUUUUGCCCUAAAGCCUACGUUCCACAGUGUGUUUGUUUGUGUGUUUGUGUGUCCAUUUGGUGCAUUGGGUAUGUUCGGUUCUGUUGGUAACAUGCAACACCGCCUGCUUCAGUACAGGUGUGAUCGAAGCUUUAUGGAAAAUCUAUAGCAGUACGUCACACAUCCCUGUUACCGUGGGGACCUACAGCAAGUACCCUGAAGACAAGAGCCUCCCUCACUCACACACACACACACACACACACGCAAACACACACACACACACACACACACACACACACACGCACGCACACACACACACACACACACGCAAACACACACACACACACACACACACACACACACACACACACACACGCACGCACGCACGCACGCACGCACACACACACACACACACACACAAUCACACACACACACACACACACACACACACACACACACACACACACACACGCACGCACGCACGCACGCACGCACGCACGCACACACACACACACACACACACACAAUCACACACACACACACACACACAAUCACACACACACACACACACAAUCACACAGACACACACACACACACACACACACACACACACACACACACACACACACACACACACACACACACACACACACACACACACACAUCCCCACUAUAUGGAUCUGAUGGAAUCUGACAAUGGCAGUGGAUGUGAAGAGGAGGACUGGAGACUAUCUUCUUCAGACUUCCUGGAUAAUUUCUCUAACCAAUCAGAGUCAAUGUUUGGACUGUCUGAGUUAGGUUGGUAAAAGGCUAUAAUAUAUACUUUAAAGCUAUCCAGUAUAAUAUGCUUCCAGGAAUGUUUAAAAUGAAAAUAUAGCAGAUAAUAUUUGUGUUAUGCAUAACAUGUAUCAAAAACUACAGCAACAUAACUGCAUAACCUCUAUUGUACUUUUCUUAUUUGUGUUGUUCAAAAUAGUGUGUGUGACUGCGGUGUGCAUUCUGUUGAUGCUGCUUGGCAUUCUGGGUAAUAUGUUAACUAUCUUGGUGGUUUGGCUCCGCCCCCACAUGAGAAGCUCCACCUACUUGUACCUGAGUAGUAUGGCAGUGAGUGAUCUGCUGAUUCUACUACUGCUCCCCCUGGAUCUGUAUAAGCUCUGGAGGCCCCGGCCCUGGCCCCUGGGGGACGCGGCCUGCAAGCUGACCAUGUUCCUCUCCGAGUGCUGCACCUUCUCCACCAUCCUGCACAUCACCUUCCUCUCUCUGGAGCGCUACAUGGCCGUCUGCUGGCCCAUCCUCACCAAGACCUUUGUGACGCGCCAGCGUACCAAGGCCCUGAUUGGCUGCCUGUGGCUGUUGGCGGCGCUCAGUGCCACGCCCGUGCUGCUCAUGGUCGGUGUGGAGGAUAAGAGUGGAUCUGGAGGAUCAGUGACGGAGGCUGCAGUGACGGAGAGGCCCCCGAGGAGAGGAGAGCGAGGCGGGGGAACAGAGACCCCGCCGGACAACGCAGAGUGCCGCUGCACGGACUACGCAGCCACCUCUGGCCUGAUGUCAGCCAUGAUGAUCCUGUCUAACCUGUACUUCCUGGUGUCGCUUGGCAUCCUGGCCGUUGUCUACAGCCUGAUUGGACGUACACUGAUGCUCCGCCCCCCAAGCAGCCGAAGAGAUAAAAGCCAUCGGUAUACUGUCAAGAUGCUCGGGGUCAUCGUCUUGGUGUUUGUCCUGUGCUGGCUGCCGUUCCACAUUGGCCGGACUAUCCUGUCCUUCUCCCUGGGCUCUACGGUCGGACAGGAAGUGUACAUGGGAGCCAACAUGGACCAACAGCGGCCCUCUGGAAACGGGACGGACGGAAACACAGCCAAGAUGGCCGCACGCCCCGUCCCAGACGGGCCACUGAACGAGGUCACGGACGCACACGCCCUACGAGGUCACGGAGAACGACCCUUCAACACAGGAAGGCUGACAGAGCACACGGAGGUCCAGACGGAGGUCCAGAUGGAGGCCCAGACGGAGGCCCAGACGGAGGUCCAGAUGGAGGCCCAGACGAAGGCCCAGACGAAGGCCCAGACGAAGGCCCAGAAGGAGGUCCCGACGGAGGUCCAGACGGAGGUCCAGACGGAGGCCCAGACGGAGGUCCAGACGGAGGUCCAGACGGAGGCCCAGUCGGAGGCCCAGACGGAGGCCCAGACGGAGGUCCAGAUGGAGGUCCAGACGGAGGUCCAGACGGAGGUCCAGAUGGACCCCUACCUGCUCUACCACCUGACUCAGUACUUCAACCUGGUCUCCUUCAUGCUGUUCUACCUGAGCGCCGCUGUCAACCCGCUGCUGUACAACCUGAUGUCGGGCCGGUACCGCCAGGCCGUGCGCAGCCUGACGCGCGGCCUGGUGCACCCCCGCAGCGGCUUGGGGAGCGGCGAGGGGAGCGGCGAGGGGAGCGGCGUGCGCGCCCUGCCCCCGCCCCCCUCCACCACCACCACCAUGUGAACCUCGUCUGAACGAAGGAAGGGCCAUGUUUAAUGUUAUACAUAUAGGAUGGGAGAAUCAAUGGACGUGAACACUUAGCUCUCUAGAUGUGUGUGCAUAUCAUUAGUAGGAAAACCCUUACAUGUGUUUACAAGUCUAUGUGUGUGUGUUGUUUGUGUGUGUGAGUGUGAGUGUGUGUGACUGCUCUUACAUCUCUAUAUGUCACAGGGCUAUUCUUGGAAUUGAUGCCAUCAGGCAAACGGCAGAUGUUUGGUGUGUAUUGCAUUACACACUGUGAUAUGUCAGAAGUUGAUAUUAAUGUUUUCAUUAGAGUCUCUGGUUCUCGGGAGCACAAUCCCGUUCAGCGAAGCCAGCAGCAGGGACCACAGUCCACACCUCAUGGAGAGGUACAUGUCCUAC